GGGCUCCCUCAGCCUCAGCUGGCACCUCUCGUGUUUGCAAAUCUCAGCAACAAUCACAGGCUCACCUGAGCAAAUAACUGGGCUCCCUGCUGCCUUAUCUCCCCACUCCCAAUUGUCCAUCCCUCCUGCAUUGUGAGUACCCAGCACAACAUCCCACCUCUUGCUCUCAAGCCCCCUGACGUGAUUAACUGUGGCAUCUUUAACAAAACCUGCGGCAAUAUUUCCUUCUAAAGCAGAGUGAAGAUUUCAUUUACCCAUCCUCCUUUGUUUUGCCAAAUUCCAUUUUUAUUCCACUGUAUAAUUAAUCAGGCACUGGAGCAUAUGACAGCCUGGUUUAAAUUUAGUUCUCAGUUCCCCUCUGUAGCCUUGUCAGAUACAGCUGGCCGGUCAAACAUGGGGUUGGGGUUGUCUGAAAAAGCAACACAGAAAUUGCCAGCCUGGAUCAGAUCUUUCCUCCAUCAAUUCUAACACCUUGUCUCCAAUGGCAACCAGCACCAGGCACUCCAGAGAGUGAGGAGUGCACAGGUGCUGGAGGAGAAGGAUGCACCAACACCCACCCUGCCCAAAGGGGAAGGUGCUCCUGAGCUGGGGGUCCUCUGCCAUCAGAGGGUGGAAGGACACACUCCCACAUCCCUCCUGCAGUAGCUGCUGAUCCUUGUGCUCACUCUGAGAGCCCACGGAACAGCCCAAGCCACUCAGGGCUUGCCCAGACAGGUGAAAAAGGAAGGUGUGUGCAAAGCCUGGAGGCUGCUCAAGGGCUUGGUCCUUGUGGAAAUGUCAGGGGGUGACAUGGGACAGAUGAUUUUCUGCAGAGUGCGGCACUCCAGGCACUGUAAGGCAGAAUGUGAGAUCAUUUCAGGGCUAUACUGAUCUCUCACCAGGGAAGUGCAGCACAGAACUUGCUGGUGCACAGGGCUGUGAGAUUUAUGUUUUACCCUUUCUCCAUGCAGGCUUUCUUUCCUAGUUUCAUUCAUUUCACCUUCCCACCAAACACCAAACAUCUACUUGCUGGUUAUAUGCACCACUGCAAUAACUUGCUUCUACUCCUUGAUCCCUCCCCAACUCUGUGCAGGUCUGUCCUUCCAGGUUAUUAUUCCCAGAGCUGGGUAAGCUGGGCCUAUGUCUUGCCUUUUGCUGACCUGGUAUGAAGAAUGAUCUCCCAAAGGAGGACAGGGCUUGGACAUGCCAUGCCAGCACCGCUGUGUUUCUUGGAAUGACUGUCCAUGUCAGGACAUCAAGUCAUGAUGCAGUGGAGAGAGGAUUUGGCAGGUGAAGGUCUUGGAGGAUUAGGGUGUUUCAUGAGGAAAGGAGCUUGGGGGUCAGAGCCUGGUCUGGGAAGACACUGGGAAAUAAUUCUCAUUUAAAUAAGAGCAAACAAAGGCAAAUAUAUAAUGUGUAUUUGGGAAACAGAGAGAGAAGUGGAGAGAGAAACAGAGAGGAUGUGAGCAAAACACAUUCACACAUUUAUUUAUACAUACUGCCCAAAUGCAAGAGACUUUAUUAGACCAGAAGUGAAGCAUUACCUUAAAAAAAAAAAAAUCAAACAAACAAACAACAAAAACCCCACAAAAUCCCCACAAAAUAACAAAGCAAAUUGCCCCAAGUGUGAGGUUUCCUAAGUGGGAGGACCUGGCAGCGCUUUCACUGGCAUCUAGUGGUGCAUUGCAGAGGCAGUCGAUGGCACAGCUUCACUUCCAAAGUGGAUUUCCCUUCAGGCUGGGGCAUCACCACUUCCAAAAUGGGUUUACAAAGAGGUGGUUUUGGACACAGCCUAACUCUGCCCUGACAGCUUUGUCUGUGAAUCACUUUUGGGCAUGAACAUAAAAUGCUUGGAGUCUAGUUUUGACCACAUGAGCAAAAUCUUGGCAUCAUACCAUUGGGACCAUUUGGUCUCUCUUUCCUUGGAUUUUGGGGCUUUGCAGGAGUCUGAGGGGACAUCAGGCAGAUCUGAUCUGUUUGGAGGAGAGGCUGAGCUGGGGCUGGGAAAAUGCAGAUGUCAGUGGGGAGCAGCAGGAACGCUGAGGGCACAAGUCCUCUGCCCUGCUGGAGGUGUCCCCUUUGGAAUAAGGUAAAUGGUGCCCCAGUGGACAAAUGGACACUGACACAGCUGGCAUGGCACGAUCCUGGCCCCUUCCUCCAGAACCCUCUGGAAGCAAAGAAGUCACAAAAACAGUCUCCACCCCUCCAGGGUUGAGAUUCAUCUCAACCCUCAUCCAUGUCCUGUCCCAACUCUCUCCCUCCAGGGUGACACACCCCCGUGUUUGAUAGAGCUGCUGACUGGCACCAGGCAGGGUUUGUGGGGAGGUAUUAUGGAAAAAGGAAGGAUGGAAAGGGGAAAUGUUAGCCAAGGAGUCCCCAGCAUGACCUGGGGUCUACUGUGGCCCUACACCGUGGUCUCUCCUGCCUGUCCAGGACCUCCUGUGGGAUUCUGGUGCAUCAAAGCAGAGCAACUUGAGUAAGGCAGACUGAAUGAGGCUUGUGUGUCUUCUGUUGUGCAUGUCCUGCUCUAGAGAUGGUUGAAUUUGCAUGAAUUCUUUCUUCACUGGAUUGGGGUAAAACUGGAAUAUAGGUGCCUCUUCAAACUGGUGCUGCUGUCUCACACUGCUGGUUUGUACUGGGGUAAAAAAUAUAUCAGCAGACUUUAGCUUAGUUUACAAACAGUGUGUAGAGUAAAUCUGAACUCCAGGGAAUAUGUAACUUUAAAUUUCCCUGUGUGAUCCAAGCCAGACACCAUCUCCUGCCUCAGUUUCCCUGAGUCAGAGAGGAGAAGAACAGCAUGUUUGCAGCCUUGAAUCAUAUGUAGGACAGGUUUGGAGGUGCUGGUGCAUGCAGGAAUAAGUGUUAUUGUCCAGCCUCAGAGGCAUGGGACAAUCCCAACUCUGCCCCAGGGAAGAGCCGUGCUGCAGCAGCUUUUCCUCAUUCCCAUGCUCCUAAAACCUUCCCAAGGAAGCAUCCUGGGCUAGAGCUUCCUGCUGAACCUCUAAGCCUCAUUGUGCAGGGCAGGUCCAGGAUGGUCUGGGUUCUUUCCAUGGGAUCCAGCUGAGGCUCAGCCUCUCCCAGGCAGUGCUCAUCCCUCUGCUAAAUCUACUCCACAUCCCUCAGUGUCCACCCUUGUCAAAUCCACCAAGUCACUGAGUAUCAAAGGGAUCCUUUGCUGGUAAAUGGGCACAGACCCUCCCCACUCCGCCAAGGGGGAUUGCAAACUGCUGCACACACAGGAGUACUCCCUGGAAUGCAUCCUUCCUCUCUGGAUACAGAAAUACUCCCUGGGAUGCGUCUUUCCUCUCCUGAAACCUCCUGGAGCCUGGGAGGGAAGAAGGAUGCUCGCAGUGCCGCCGGAUGUUUUCCUCCCCAGAACAACAAAAACUAAGGGAACACUCUCAGCUGGGACAAGCGGCAAAUGUCCCGAAGCUGGCCCAGUGGCUGCCAGGGCAAGGGAGGGCAGGAUCGGGACCAGGGAUGCAGGGAAGGGGGACUACAACUCCCAGAAGGCAGCGCGGGCCGGGGACCCCUCCAACUUUCCACCAACACGGCGGAGAGAAGAAGGACACCCCGGGGACAAAUCCCCCUGCGCUCCCUCCCGGCGCUCCCGCCGGCACCUUGGCGGUGCCUGGGCAUCCUUCGGGGCGCUGCCAGCGCGGAGCAUCGGCCCUGCCCGGCCCUGCUCCGCCGGGCUUGGCUCUUCGGCUUUGUUUGGCUUCACCCUUCCUCCGGUAGCUCUCGCUGCUCUUUAGGUCAGACUUCCUUUAGGUCAGCCCGGCUGCGGCCACCACACAAUUUCCAGCCGAGUCUGCGCCGCGGCGGUGCCGCCGGGGAUGCUCCGGAGGAGGGAGAUGCCAGCGCGCACCUGAGGGACCGCCCAGCCUGGCUGCUGCUGAGGCUUUGUCUGCUUUGAGAUAAAACCCGUUGUGUUGUCACACAGCUCCUCCCCCCCGACGAAGGAGUGCUGGGGUGUCUCCCCUCCAACAGCAAACACUGAGCCCAGUUCCUGCUCCAGAACUCAGCUGGGAUGGGAGCACCAUUGUGUUCAUAGCUCUUACCAGCAACAGUGGGAUCCAGAUGGAUUGGCUGGUGGGGAAACACAUGGCAUGACCAAAUCUGAAGUAAUUUUCCCCAUUAUAACCGAAAUAGCUGCCCAAUUAAUUUACCACACUGACCCCUCUCCUCUGAUGAACUCAGAGCUGCAAACUCUGCAUCCCAGUUGUGCCUGGAUGUUUAUCCUCCACAUCUCCCACUGCCUGUCCCCUGAUCCAUGGCAAGCCCCCUCCCCAGCCCCUGCACCUCAGCUCCCCAGGGACUCAUCUUCCCAGCCACUGCCCUGCUGGCCUCCCAGACCUCCUGGGAUGAGAUCUCACCAGCAGCCUGUGUCCCUGCUGGCCUCCUGCCCCAUAACUGGAGAUUUUGGCAGCCUCACCCUCAGCCAUCAGUGCAAGCCUGCCCAGCCACAUGUGCUCCUGUUGACAGUCAUCCCCACUGCCUUCCUCCCCUCAGCCUUUCUGGCUCCUUUUCCAGCUGCAAUCCACCCUCCUGAUGGGAGACACUGCUCACAUCUCUGUUGGCCCUGAUUUAUUUACUUUUCAAAUGGAAAUGCGUAAGGACCCACACCCUCCUGCCAACUGGACCCUCUUGAGGAGGACAAAGUCACUUCAGCUUCCAGAUUUCCCUUCUUCAGCUUCCCACUGAGGACAUCACUGACCUGUCCUCCCCUGUGCAUGGAGAUCUGUCCAUCCAAAGCAGGACACCCCAGUUUUGCAAGUGAUGACGAGUUUGGGGUUUCUUCUCAGUUCAGGGGAUCUCAUUUGCUCUGCAGCCACUUGCCAAAAAUGAGUCUAAUUACAAUAACUACUGCAAAGUGCAUUAUUUAAUUAACUUACAUAUCUUCUUGAUCAAAGGACAGAGGACUGUUCUGAGAAUAAAUCACUAGCAUGGCAGUAGUAGAGCUGAUACCUCAGUGUCAUUGCGACAGCAAAUGCAUCACUGACCCCCCAAAACUUUGGGAAAUCAUCCCAUUCCUGCCCUCUCUGCCAGUGUCCAGUUGAGCCUCUGGCUUUGUUGGCCUCUGGUUCAGUGUUUUGUGGAGCAGCCAAGGUGCCACCCAUUGUGUUGACGUACUGAACACAGGAGGUGGAGAAGAGAUAACAACCUAAUAAUUUUCCCUUUAUUUUUUCAGUCUGGCAGUUUAAGUCUCCAGGAAUAGCAGAGAAGCCUUUCCAGGAAUGCCAGGGAAGCCUCUCCAGACAAAAGGAGGAUGGAGAUGGAGCUAUAAGCAUUUCAUCUACAAGCUGAGGUGUCAGAAGGCCAAGGAAUGAGGAAGAGCAGCACACUGUGUUGGCCCUGAGCUGGCAUAGAGCAGCAGCACCCCGUUCCCACGGGGAAUGCAUCCAUUCCAGCACUCUUUGAUGUGUGUCCUGGUGGUUUUUGCAUCCCCACUGUGGCUCUGUUGUACCCAUGGGCUGCCUGGCAGCUAUUGAGGACCUGCCAUGAGGGAUGUGGUCAAACCCAGGGUGCCACAGACCCACCCAUGCGAGGAGUGCAGGAAAUCCUUCAGCAGGCAGGGGAACCUGAGCGGGCACCAGCAGAUCCACACAGCAGAGCAGAUCUUCCCUUGCGGGGCGUGCAGGCGGCGCUUCACCACGUGGGCCCACCUGGCCACCCACCAGAGCAUCCACACGGGACAGAGACCCUUCUGCUGUGGGAACUGCAGGUGCUGCUCCUGCCUGGGGAUCUGCCUGGCUGCCCUCCAGAGGCCUCACGCCGGGGCCGGCCCCUUCGGCGAGAGCCUGAGCUCCAGGAUCUCCCUCAGCGCCCACACGCGCACCCACGGCGAGGGGAGCCCGUCCGCCUGCGCCGAGCGAGGGAAGAGCUUUGUGGAGAAGGGCACCCUCACGGCCCACGGGGAGGUGCACAGGAGGGAGAAGCCCUGCGAGUGCCCCCAGUGCCGCAGGCGUUCUGGGCAGAGGGCACGCUGCUGGCUCAGCAGAAGGGGCACCUCUGGGGGGGCCCUUUCAUCUGCAUGGAGUGUGGGAAGGGUUUGAGCACCAAGAGGUGCUUCAGUGUCCACCAGAGGAACCACGCCAAGCAAAAAGGGCACAGCAACAGUGUCGUCCAGAUUAAAGAGGAGCCUGAUUUUGGCUUCAGGCCAGAGGAGAGUGUGCUGGAGAACAUGGCCCGUAAAGGAGAUGUGGCUCAGGAGUGUAGCAUACCUAGAAACCCAUCAAACCCAAGAAACCCUCCUUGGAAAAUCCAGGUGAAGGAGGAACCAGAACCACCCCCUGAUGGCACAGCAGGCACUGCUGCAGCAGCCUGCCAGAAACUUCAUGUCAAGGAAGAGCCACCAGAAAACCCAACCUAUGGAAAGCUCUUUGAUUCAAAGAUCCCACCACCAGUCUUACAGGGGAGACAGCCUAAAAAGGAAGAAGAUGCAGAUGGGCAGCACAAAUGGGAAGUCCCAGUGGUCAGUAAACGCGUGCUUCAUGUGAAGGAAGAACCUGAGGAAAGCACUGAUUUUGGGAUGUGUUAUGGACAGAAGCCAAACCCCAGUGCUGUCCAGAGGAUCCAAAUUCAAGAGGAACCUGGUGUGGAGGCCAACCACCAGGAGAGCCAGAGCCCAAAGAAGAAGCAGGAGAAAUGCUGCCAGUCCACCAGAGAGGAGAUGCUGGAGAAGCAUAAGAAAUCCACGUCCAGGAAAGAUCCCUCAGCAAAAGGAGACCCCCGGGGCGAACAGACAUUCCCCUGCCCCGAGUGCGGGAAGAGCUUCAACCAGAAGUCGAACCUGACGAGGCACAGGAAGAUCCACACGAGCGAGGGGCCCUACAAGUGCAGCGAGUGCGGGGAGAGCUUCCGCAUGAAGCGCAAGCUGCGGCGGCACCAGCGCGCCCACCUCAGCGAGCCCUUCAAGUGCCCCGAGUGCGGCAAGAGCUUCAGCCAGCGCUCCAACCUGCUCUGGCACCAGAGGAUCCACACCAAGGAGGAGCCCUACCGGUGCCCCGAGUGCGAGAAGACCUUCAACCAGAAGGCCAACCUCUUCCGGCACCAAACCAUCCACGCCCGCAUGGGGCCCUGCAAGUGCACCAAGUGUGGGAAGUGCUUUCCCCACAGGCGCCACCUGAUCAAGCACCAGCUGCUGCACUCUCGGGGGGGAGCCCACAAGUGUGGGGUCUGUGGGAAGCGCUACCGGCUGAAGAAGUACCUGAGGAGGCACCAGAAAAUCCACACGAGGGAAGGAGCUUCUCCCUGCUCAAAGUCUGGGGAGAAUGCGCGGACUGGACCCCACCCUGCUGAACAGAGGGCACUGGGCCCUGUGAGGAGUGAUGUGGAGAGCUGAGCAGGUGGUGUGCCUGCUCCUGAGGGAAAAUCCUUUGAGAAGGGCAAGGGAUGGAGACAAACUCUAUGUGGGCAGGAUCUGGGGGUGGGCAGGUCAACCUGCAGGGACAGUGAGGCCAAGGGGACACAGGACAGCUGAAAACCAAUCCUGUACCACUUUUCUGAGUACAAACCUCAGGGUAUCACUUGCUCACAGCUGUGGGAUGGGGCUGGAGAGCCAAGCACUUGGAGAUGGAGGGAUAAGAGCUUGGCAUCCUUUGUAGUGGUGUAAUGUGCCACUAAAGGCUGCCAAAGUUGUGGAUGCCAAAAUUACCUUGUGUGGACAGUAUAGAACCAGGAGUGUCAGGCAGGGUUUAUUUUUGUUACAUCACUGUGUCUCUAAAAGAUGAAGGGCACCUCUCCCCUGCAGGCAAGGGUUUAAACCCAGUCUCCUCCCUCAUGCGUCUCUGAUCCACACCUUGAGGGAGCUGAUGGACCCUUCCCAACUGGGUGAUACAGAUUUGGGACAAACUACUGCCAGCUAAAUGAGGGUUUUAAGCCUUGAAUCCCCCAAACCAGGCUGCCAGAUUGGUUUAAUCCAGGUCCCUAAAAGUGAGUUAUGCAAAACUAAUGACUGUUUUCCCAAAGGCAGCCCAGAAGCCAGGGGAUUGUGUUCUGGUUUGUGCCCCCACAACCCCAAUCCAUGGGUGUAAAUCAGAGUGGCUUUCCUUACAUCGAGUUUCACAUCCCUGAUGAGCAGGCGGCUUUGCCGCCACGAGUCCCAGAGGCAUCGAUGACUUCAGCAGCUUGAGAAGCUUGAGCUGGCUUUCAGCACCUGCUUCCCUACCUCUUACUGUGAUGCUCUUGGUAGGGUAUGGACUCCACUGGGCAUUCAAAUUUAUGGAUUUAGGGAAUUCAAACUGAGCAGCAGGAAUAGGUGAAAAACUUCAGACUUUGUGGACCAGAGAACUGGAAAUUAUUUCCCUCUAGGGAUGUUUUCCCUUCCUUUCCGUGGUGUAAAGGGACUGUGCAGCUACUCAAAACCGUGGACAGUCAGCAGCUGUUAUAACUCACUGCUGAUGGUUUGUUUGAGUGCUCCCUGGUCAGGUGAAUCUUUGUGUCUUGAAAGUCCCUGGUGAAGCAGAGAUGUGGAUUGAAAUGUAUGGGUGAAAACAAGUUUAGGAUGUUCCAGGGAAAUCUAAGGAUCACCCUUGUUAGGAAAAAUGGGUCUCUAUGCAGGAGAAACCUCUCUGCAGGACUGGGAACUGUUCCUUGGCAAUAACAUGGCUGAGCCAAACUGGACAAAGCAAAAUGGCCUCAGUAGUAGGCCAGUAGGGUACAGCAGAGCCUGUCAGUGGGGACAGAAUGAUAGACAGCAAUUUAUUUCCUUUCCAUUAGCCAAGCUGUAGAGACUUUUGCCAGGAACAGGAACUGCUGUGAGAGGAUUUCCAGCUGUAUCAUUUUGUCCCUGCACAGGGACAGGGCAGUGAGUCAAUGCUAGCAGCUCUCCUGGACAUCACUGGGUCUUCCACCCUUCACCAUGGCCAGUCCUAUCUUCUGGGGAAAAUCAGGGCUGGCAGUUUGUAAUAUCUCCUAAAUAAAUAAGUAUUCAAAGAAAAGAAGAAAACAAA